AUGCCGAUUCUCAACAAAGUUGUUCCAACUGCUGCCCAGGCCAAGAAGGGAAAGAAAGCCUUCGUUGCUGUGGCCAUUAGCCCAGAAGAGAUUCAAAAAGAGUUCCAAACGGCUCACAAGAACACUGGAAAGGAGUUGGCUGCCCUUGUCGUGGUCGUUGCUUGCAUAAUCGUCGGAUUCUUUGCUCUCGAAAAGUUUAUCUGA